CAGCUGGUUCAGUUUACUUUAAAAGCUGACCGCUUUGCCUACUGGAAAGGUAGCUAGGAGUUGUCCAGGUCUUUUUCUCGAGUUGGUUGUUGCCUUUUAAGCAAUCAAGAUGAGCUGCUUCACUUUCUUGAAGGUCAUGAUGGUCUUAUUUAACCUGGCCAUUGUGAUUGGCGGAGGAGCACUCCUGGGCAUUGGGAUCUGGGUCAGUGUUGACAGUAGCAACUUUGUCAGCACGUUUGGCCCUUUGUCCUCCAGUGUCCUGCAGUUUGUGAAUGUGGGCUACCUUCUCAUUGCCAUUGGAGCCGUCCUGUUUUUCUUGGGCUUCCUAGGAUGCUGUGGCGCUCAGAAGGAGAGCAAGUGCCUCCUCAUCAUGUUCUUCUCAAUUGUCCUGAUCAUCUUCAUAAUAGAAGUUGCUGCUGCAGUGGUGGCCCUGGUCUACACUUCUCUUGCUGAGACUAUACUUCAAGGAACAGUGACACAGUUAUUGAAAAAAGAGUAUGGGAAGUCUCCUGACCUCACUACAGUAUGGAACAAAACAAUGGAAGAUUUGAAAUGCUGUGGUCUAAUGAAUUACACAGACUUCAGUGGUUCCUACUACUUUGAGAAGAACAACGAGUAUCCACCAUUCUGCUGUGAAAGUGUGCCUCGUUGCACUGAAGCCGCCGCCCAGGCAAGAGAGAUGCCAGGCUGCUUCCCUCAGUUGCUGUCUGAAAUACGCAAGAAUGCUGGUGUAGUAGGUGGAGUUGCAGCUGGGAUCUGUGCAUUGGAGGUUGCAGCAAUGGCUGUAGCGAUGUACCUUUAUUGCCGCCUAGAUGAGAAAUGACUGGGCUAGAAGGCUAGGAGGAUCGCCCUGGCAGGGGGCAAGAGAACGGCACGCAUAGCAACCUUUCCUUAACCUGUGUCCACAUCAAUCAAACAUUUCUCGGGCCUGAGGCAUGCCGUGUGAUUAACUCUUUGACUCUACCGAGCUGGAAUCUGUAGUGUGAACAUAAAUGAAAAGUGGUUUGAUAUGAAGCUUCUGUAAUAGCACAAGCAGCUUUUAUACUGAAAGCCGGUAAUAAUUGAAUCAAAGACUGGGGGUGGGGUGGGGUGGGGAGAAAAACCAGCAGUGUUUCUGCCUUCUAAAUAUGGUCUCUGCCACAGUAGAGUUGAGGGGGCUUUCCGCUGGCUUUGAUACCUGCCAUCCUGAAAUACUCUCUAGGAGAGUAAAUGGCCCAGAAUGCUGCUGGUGGCUUUCAAAGGCUCCGGUUGCAUUCAUUUGCAAAUAAUAGACUCCCAUCUCCAUGGAGUAUAAAUGGGAAUCAACAUGGCCUUUAUUCCACAACACAAAAUACCAGCACAACACAGGAGACUAGCGAAGACCCAUAUGCUGCUGUAAAUGGCUGGGGAAAAGGUGCGUGGCUAUGGAGAAUGGUGAUAUGAUACUUCCAGUGCUUUUUUUCUGUGGGGACGGAGGGGGACACGUACCCCUAAACAUUUUGCAUUGCCCUGACUGACCAACGGACAAAUCGACAUGCCAGCUGUCUCCGCAGUAGCAGGGUGGACUGGAGCACCAUCAUUCUCCCCACUGGUGCCCAGGGAGGGGAAUCUGGGGGCGGCCGCGGUGGAGGCGAUGGCGCUCCUCCUCCUCUUCCUUUUGCUGGGUUAGAGCUAGCCUGUGAGCACUCGCCCCUCCUCGCUGAAGCCGACCCCUACGUCGCCGGGGGGCCUUCCAGUCCUCUCAGUGCUACUGCCUUGAGUCCCUCAUCUGGGGGUUGGGGGGAGGAAGGGGGUGAGUAGGAGGGGGAACAGCCAAAACAAGAGUACCCCUAAACUUUUUUUUUAGAAAAAAAGCACUGGAUGCUUCAAUCCCUCUCCGCAGGUUGGUGCAUAUGGGGAGUUGCCUGCCUUUUUCCUAUUCCUCACCCCACCCCUCCAUGCUGACAUGAUCAGUGUGACUUACCAAAACCUGUAUGGGUGUCUGGUUGAGCUGGCUCUACCUGAAGGAGCCCCCCCCCCAGAACUUAGCUCUGUUGUAUAUUAGCCCUUUAUUUUUGUACACUUUGUGGAUACAAUUUAAUUUAUAAUCUAACUACAAAAUCAUUUUGUUUUGCAUGUUUGACUAUUGCAAUAAAAUCUACUAUUUAAUUACA